UUCAGGCGUAAGCACAAGCACUCUGGUUGUGUCUCUGGGUCUCCAGAGUCUACAGGGAUCAAACCCCAAUCAAGUGUCUCGGACAGUAUCACAGAUCAUCAUUCAUCCCAACUUUAACUCUGGAACUUUUGAAAACGACAUCUGCCUCCUGAAGCUCUCCUCACCCGUGACUUUCACCACCUACAUUCAGCCCGUCUGUCUGGCAGCCACAGGCAGCACCUUCUACAAGGGGACUGUCUCCUGGGCCACCGGCUGGGGCAAUGUUGGAUCUGGAGUGUCCCUUCCUUUCCCACAAAACCUAAUGGAGGUGCAGCUGCCGGUUGUAGGAAACAGAGAGUGUACCUGUAACUACGGAGUGAGCUUGAUCACAAACAACAAGAUGUGCACCGGGUUCAGUGCUGGAGGAAAGGACAUCUGUCAGGGGGAUGGAGGAGGUCCGCUGGUGAGCAAGCAGGGCGGUCGCUGGAUCCAGUCGGGAAUCACUAGUUUUACCAGUAGUAGGGGCUGUGCCCAGCCUAAUAUCCCAUCAGGCUACACCCGGGUGUCCCAGUAUCAGUCCUGGAUCAACAGCCAGAUCACCAGCAACCAACCAGGCUUCAUCACCUUUACCUCCGCUGGGACUGACGGUGACCUCAGCAUAAGAUGUCCUACCACGCCACCACCAGCAGCUCAAGUGUGUGGUCAGCCAACACUCAACACCAGGAUUGUUGGAGGACAGGUGGCCUCUGCAGGCAGCUGGCCCUGGCAGGCCAGUCUGCAAACCUCUGGCUCCCACUUCUGUGCAGGAACCCUCAUUAACAAUGACUGGGUGCUGACUGCUGCUCAAUGCUGCUCAAG